AUGGUUUGCGGAUGGAUUUCUGGUUGUGCUAGCUACAACCUACAGUAUCCAGGAUGAUAUUACAUAUCCUAAUGCUGAGUUGAUUUAUAGCCUGGAGGGAUAUGGGAGGUGGAAGUAGAGGAAGGCCAGGCUCUUGGGGGUUGUGUUUGAUUUGGAUCUGUGAAACAGGAUUGACCCAUUUAUUCACUUAUAUAAUCAUUCUCUCAAUUCAAUUUUUUGCUGAGAUGAUUCAUUUUGUGCAGGAGGUGGUGCCCAGAUGGUUUCUCCUGGGGUUCCUGUCAUACAACAAGUUCAUUUUCUUCAGCAGAGUAACCAGCUUAAUUACCAGCAGGGAGAUAUUGUCCAGAUGAUGGCACCAGCUGGGGUUCAUGACGAGCAGCAAGUUACUUUUCUUCAUCAGCUUAACCAGCAGGGAGGUGGUGACCAGAUGGUGGCACCAGCAGGGGUUCAUGACGAGCAGCAAGUUACUUUUCUUCAUCAGCUUGGCCAGCAGGGAGGUGGUGACCAGAUGGUGGCACCAGCUGGGGUUCAUGUCCCACCGCAAGUUAAUUAUCCUCUGCAAGGAGGUGGUGACCAGAUGGUGGCACCAGCUGUGGUUCAUGUCCCUCCGCAAGUUAAUUAUCCUCUGCAAGGUAAUAUACUCUUGGACUUGGCAUACUACCCUUUGGAUUAGCAUAUACUUGUUCAAUCAUGAAAAAUAACUGUCCCUAUGUUUUAAUCUUCUGGUUACACAUAAAAUUCUUGUUGUGCCGUGGUGUCCUUUAUAUUUCAGUUAUUAAAUGAUCUCCAUUUGAUUGUGUUUUGCUGUUAUGAAAACAAAGUUUGCGUGCUUAAUUUUUUUCUCAACAUCCAUGGCGAUGGACAACUGUAACAUUGAAAGUUAAGAUAUAUAUAGGGUCAUGUCACCAGGAGUUUCCAACGACCAUUGGCAAAUGUUUGCUUACUGUAGCGCUGUAGGAGCAAUUUUAUUGUUUGAUGCAGCCUGGCCACUAUGCUAUGUUGCCUUCCUUGUCCCAUGCUGGGGGUGUCUGUUAUCAUUACAGAUAUUAUUGUUUGGAACUCUGCUGUGAAUCUAUCUUUGUUGUUCCUGGCUCUGAUCUGAAUAUCUGUGCUUAAGUGAUCCAAACGCUGAGUGCAUGCCCUCCUGGACAUGUAAUCUCGCUCUAACAAGGACAGUCAUAAGGUGUGGUCUUCACCAGCUGGAUUUUCUUCUUGAAAAUAUGAUUGUACUUGUACCGCAUUGGUCUUUACUUUCAGCAUAUCAACAAAGAACUAGGUUAGCAAGCCUUUUCAUUGAAAGUCACAGUGUGUUUGCCACCAAAUUUUAAAUCCUUUGACAAAGUGCCUAGCGUGUUUCUAGUCCAACAGCCAGUUCAAUCUUGUCGCAGAUUUCAGAAGUUGCUGCUAUAUUUUUGUUGAACUUUCUAAACUUGCGCACAUUGCACUACCACUAAUCGACUUAACGUUUUCCUCUGUUUAACCUACUCCAUUGACAUUCAUAAACAUUUCCUAACACUCAUUCUCGAUGUCAACUAAUACAAGUGUCUGCCUCAAUGGGCAUAGUUGCCUCAACUUUUUCUCAUUGGUCAAGACUCCAGGCACGGUCCCCAUGAAUGAAUUUUGUUGAAUCUUUGCUUCUCGUUAGAGGGUUAGAGCAGGAACUAAAUAUUAUUAAUUACUAAUUGCAGAGGUCUGCAUUGCAAUCUGACCAACUUUUAGCAAUAGUUUGAAGCCUGAUAUAUUUUAUUAACAUAUAAUAACACUAGUAUUGCUAGCUACUUGAGGCAGCAGCUAACUAAUAUCACA